AACAAAGCCAAAGUUCAGUUAACUUGAUCAAUCUUAUAAAAAGGGAUGUCCCCCUCUGUUCAACCUGUGCUUCACUGUCUGCGUUUCAACCAGGAGGAGUUCACAAUGAUGCAUGCAGCCGUUGGGUUCUGGAUCUUAUCAGCACUGAUCUGCGUGGGGAGAGGCAAUCACCAUUAUGGCUUAAAUCACCAUGACCAACACACUGAACUCGACACCCACACCAACAGCGUCUCAUGGGUGACUGCUGCCAACAAAGAGUUUGCCUUCCGCCUGUACAGGAAGUUAGCAGCUCAUGCUGACUCCGAAGGUAAGAACAUCUUCUUCUCCCCAGUUAGUGUGUCUGUGGCCUUGGCUGCCUUGGCCGUAGGAGCACGAGGGGAGACCCACCACCAGCUUUUCAGUGGUCUGGGAUUCAACAAUACCCUCCUGACGCAGUCAGUUGUGGAUCAUGCCUUCCACAUGCUAAUGGAAAGGGCACACAACACGUCUCAUGAAGACGUCAGUGAAGGCACUGCUGUAUUCGUGGACAACCGCUUCAAGCCGCAGCCUGCAUUCCUGGAGACCUUGAGGCAGUCCUACUCUGCAGAUGGGUUCAAUGUUGACUUCGCCCAAACCAAAGAAAGCGCAGAUACCAUCAAUAAGUAUGUGGGGGAGAAGACCAACGGGAAGAUAGACAAGCUGGUCGAAAGCAUGGAUCCAAACACAGUCAUGUAUCUCCUCAGCUACAUCUACUACAAAGGAAAGUGGGCGACUCCAUUUGAUACUGAUCUCACCAAGGAGGACGUCUUCAUGGUGGAUGAGAACACCAAGGUUCCAGUCCAGAUGAUGAAUAUGGAGGAGAGUCUUGAUACCUAUUAUGACCAGGUGAUUAACACAUCAGUCCUCCACCUCCCCUUCAACAGCUCCUACUCCAUGCUGCUGCUGUUGCCUGAUGACAUGGCAACACUGGAGAACACCAUUUGCCCAGGCCAUGUCACCAAAUGGUUGAAAUGGAUGAAGUCCAGGACAUAUAAUAUAUAUAUUCCAAAGUUCUCCAUCAAGUCUUCCUACAACCUGAAUGAUGUGCUGCAAGAAAUGGGAAUGACAGACAUGUUUGGCGAUCGUGCAGAUUUGAGUGGCAUUUCAGAGGGACAAAAACUGGCUGUCUCAGAUGUUGUGCACCAAGCUACGUUGGAUGUCGACGAGGCUGGAGCCACCGCCGCAGCCGCCACAGGCAUUGGCAUCACACUUCUGUCCUUCCGCCACGUCCCUGUCUUGAAGUUCAAUCGUCCAUUUAUGGUCGCCAUCACUGAACGCGACACAGAGAACAUACUGUUCCUGGGCAAGAUUAUCAACCCAACUAUCUGAUGGAACAAGAACUUUGUGUUUCCUGAAGACACAGCUGUUGCAUCACAUACAUAAAAUACUCAGAAAAAUC